AGUACCUUGAAGUACAAGCAUGGAGUGUAUUUAAAACUAUUAUGAUUCCGCGCCUGCGGCUGAGCUUUCAGCUAAGAUAACUAAGAAAUUGCCACAACAUUAUGGCCUCAAUUUCUGCAGGCGCAUUGCUCGAGAGAACGAUCUAUUCAGCAUGUUCACUAGGCUUCAUGCCCGUUGCCAUUCGACUCCGCCUCUUCGACAUAGUGGCAAAGGCGUCCCGUGAUGGACCACUCUCUUCGAUAGCAAUUCUGGCUGCGUACCGCAAGGAGAUCAAGCCGGGUGACCCUAAGACAUCUAACCCUGAUUCUCAUCCAGGACACACUGCGCGCCAUGGCGGGUCUGGGCUUUGUUGACUGAGUAGAUGACGACAUGUACCAGGCUAAUGAAAUCAGAAGCACAUUGAAGCGAGUCCCUCAGCCAAACAUGGAUCUCUCCUUUGGAUUUCAACCCAGGU